CGCCGCCAUUGGCUGAUGGGUCGGCACGAGGGCGGGGCAUCUGAACUCCUAGGUCGGGGUGAGGAGGGAAAGGACUUUAGUGUCAAGAUGGUUACGAAAGCCUUAACAUUGGUGGUUCUCGCUCUCGUGUUGACUCUUGUAACAGCACCAGACACCGAGGACGGGAAGGGCACGCCGCUGAAGAAACAACGCACAGAGCAGAAUUCACUGCCGCCAGGAUAUGAAGGCCCAGAGAUCGUCAUUCGCCCCCUGACACAAGACAACCCUGAGGGCGUCUCGGGAGGAUCAGGAAGGUCCCCUCUCGAGCAGGCCACCCUCAGGACACCUUCCUGUUGGCACCGAGCGACCAGCUCCCUCGGAGUGUGCCGCCCCUACCGGGAAUGUUAUCCCCUCCUGCGCCUCCCUAACUUCGCCCCCAAGGAGGGAUGGGUCUUCGGCCUCUACGACAGUUGUCCAUUAUAUCACGACAGUGCCCUGGUGUUCGGGGUGUGUUGUGCGAAGGACACGGCGGCUGAGCAUGCAGCGCCCCAGCACACUAACGAGGUGGGGACGGCCGUAGGCGUGGAACAAGUUGAUAAGUAUAUGUUCGUGGAAGGUCAAGACAGCACAGUGAAGGAAAAGGAAGGUCCUGCACUGAUGGACAGAAGCCACGUCCAGUUCGUGCCGCCCCGUGGCUUGUCCCUGUCCCGGUCACCUAAUUGGCCCCACCCUGAGAUCAUCACUCAUCAUCCUUCAAUCACCGACAAACCCUGGUGGACAACGCCAGGCACCCCCACCACCACCACCACGAAAUCUUGGUGGGAUACUUCAACAACACAGCGUUCUACCACAACCACUACUAAAGCAUGGUGGACGACCACAAAGUCAUGGUGGGAAACUUCAACCACCCAGCCAACACCCAAACCGAGUGGCAAUUGGUGGGACACACUUCACCAUCAAUCCGUGACCAAACCCACCACCACCACGCCUCUACCUCGCCCAGCUACUCAAGGGGACCCCUGUACCCCCGGCACCUUCUACAAUGCUGGGCCGGACGAGGGCUUCCGGAUCAGUGGUGGAGUGCCCGCCGCGCCUCAUUCCCACCCGUGGAUCGCCGCUCUCUACAAUGGGCACAAACAGUUCUGUGGAGGUUCUCUCAUUGACAAGACCCAUAUCCUGACCGCCGCCCACUGCGUUGCUCACAUGAGUCAGCUAGACAUCCAGAACCUGCGCGUGCGGCUGGGGGCCCACAACCUGCUGGCGGUGGAGAGGUCCGUGCAGGAGAUGAAGGUGUCCCGCGUGGUCAGGCACAAGGACUACGACUCUCAGAGAUUGUACAAUGAUGUGGCAAUGCUGACAUUGAGCCAGCCCGUGGAUUAUACCAGCGAGAUCCGACCAGUCUGCCUGGAUAGCACCGGGAAGACCUACGACGGGGAGGACGUGACAGUGGCGGGCUGGGGCAGCAUGCACGAAGGCGGUCCACAGCCCAGCACCCUCCACAAGGCAAAUCUGCGGGUGGUGAGCCUUAACGACUGUAAGAAGAAGUACGGUCCCGCCGCUCCUGGAGGCAUCGUCCCCACUUAUCUUUGCGCCGGUACUGACGGGAAGGACUCGUGUCAGGGUGACAGUGGAGGGCCGCUGGUGAAGUUCGUGCAGGGCGUGUGGCGGCAGGUGGGACUGGUGUCGUGGGGCAUCGGGUGCGGCAAGGGACACUACCCGGGCGUCUAUUCCAGAGUGUCCUCCUUCCUGCCUUGGAUACAGAGAGUCAAGGCGGCUUACUAAGGCAGCCCUGACACUCUCUUCACUCUUUUCCCCGCGCUCUUUUCUAUGUAUACUUUCCUAUUUUCUAUUCAUGUUUCAUAUGAUGGUUACGAGCUUUUUUUCUUCUUUUUUUUCCAUUAUCUCCUCUUGUUCGUUUCUUUAGUUUCGUACCUCUUCUCUUCUAUCAGUGCUUCUCGUUUCAUUCUGGCCCUGUCUGUUUAUCUCAGGAUGCUCAAUAAUCAAGAGGUACAUGUUCCAUAAGGAUAUGGCUUGACAUGAUCGGUUGAGGGGACACGAGUCUCCAAUUCUAUCAUUGCCAACAUGUGGCAAAACGCAUUAUCACAUUUCUGGGGGAAUACAAUGAUUAUUCUUCUGUGAUGGGCAUGAUUUUUUUGUUAUACUGGCUUACGCCAACGAAAGUUCAGAUUCUCAUUCAUUGUAAAAAGUAAAAAAUAAAAACAGCGCUGUUGUAAGUAACGGCAUUAAUGAGUGCCAUGUGUUCCACCAGGCAGAGCAGGAGGUGCCUCGGCAGCAAGCAAAGCAAGGUAACGCUCUUCCUCCCUGAUCGAAAUUAUAGAAAAGGAAAGAAAGUAUGUAUGUUGUCUGCUGGACAAUAACUACUGCUCCUUUCUCUUACGAAGGAGCAAUAUCCUCAUGCUAUAAUGUAUUGUGAAUCAUCAGGUACUUGUCUUAGAGUAGCCAUCACUAUACUGAGUUGACAUGGAUACUUUUUAUUCACUUUCACGAUAGACCACACAAAAUCUUAUUGGCACCUCCAGUAAGCAUUAGUUAACUUUAAAAAAACCUCCUAUUAUCUAAAGUAGAAUGUAAUAAAAGGUAAGAGUA